AUGGCAGAGGAUGUUCCUCAGAUGAUUGAGGAUGUGCCUCAUAUGACUGACGAUGUUCCUCAGAUGAGUGAAGAUGUGCCUCAAAUGACUGCGGACGUAGAUGCGACUGUUGCAGAGGACUUAGGUCAUGAUGGUGCUGAGGGGUCACACGCUGAUGAGGGAUUCCCUGGUGGGCCCUGUGACCCAUCAGUUUUGACUUCAUUUGCGGAGCAUGUCGCACAUGCCAUUUGGACUGGACAUGAGCGUCCUGAGCUAAAGUUGGUGUCGAACAGGAGGAAGGUGACAUUGAUUGGGAGGCCAGUGCCUGAGAUUGAAGGGCUGGUUGCCGCCACAGGAUUAAGUCAAUUGAUUGGGUGUUCAGUUGUAACCAGCGAUCCAAGACUUAUAUUCGCAUUUAUGGAGAGGUGGCACAGGGAGACCGGCACCUUCCACCUUCUAGUAGGAGAGUUGACGAUCACACUAGAUAAUGUGUCGUCACUCCUCCAUCUCCCUAUCAGUGGCGCCUUCCACAGCUUCGAGGCUCUUUCCGUGGACGAGGCAGUAUUUUUGUUGAUGGAGUUGCUUGAGGUGUCCAGUGAGGAGGCUAGAGCCGAGACAAGUGCAAAAAAUGUGCAUGUGGUGCAUCUAGAGGCUUUUCGCGACCUGGGUCACAGUGGGGGCUAUGCCUGGGGAGCUGCGGCCCUGGUUCAUAUGUAUGACCAGUUAGAUAAAGCUUCUAGGACCACGACAUGGCAAAUUGGGGGGUACCUUACUUUAUUACAGUGCUGGAUCUAUGAGCAUUUUUUGAGUAUGCAUCAGUUUGUCAUCGAUGAUGCGUAUGAGGAGACGUCCCCUCGUGCCUCCCGGUGGCUGAUGACGAAGGCUCAUAUGAAGGGAAUUACAGGAGCGUCGUACCGGGCACAUUGUGAUUCUUUAUCGAUCACAAACGUGUGUUGGUUGCCUUACAGUGACCAUCGAGGGGUUAGGGGAUUUGAGCUGAUUUCAUCAUUCCAGGGUCAACUGAGAUGGGGUCCUAUGGUGGUCACAGUUCGAUCGGAAAGGGUGCUAUGCCAGUUUGGGUACAUUCAGAGCAUCCCUUUGUCACCUGUUAGUGCUUCAUUGUCAUAUGAUGAUAUAGAUGAAGGGUGGAUGCAUUUCUCGGACCACGUAAUAGCUUUGGGUGACCUUUGUGUAGUGCCUGGGCAAGUAUCUACGGAUUACAUGGAGUGGCUUUUCCAGAUAUCUCACCCAUUCAUGAUACCGACCCAAGCAGGUGACCAGCUCAGACAUGCACCUACUCCAGACCAUGAGGACUACAUGCAGCCGGACAUCCCAGAGAUUCCAGUGGAUGAUUACGAAGGCUAUGAGGCGAUCGCAGAAAGGUUGGAGCGUGUGCUCAACCUUAGGAUGGUCACUGUAGGGACAGUUACAUGA